AUGAGGAAAACAAUAACCGGUACUUUCAGCGGUAAAAUUAAUGUAGUUAUUAUCUUUCAGUUUCUCCCAUUCAUAAUGUUGAUAGACCGUAGUCAAGACACAAGCGAAUAUUGGCGCGAAACGGAAAUCCUAUCUCUCGUCCGGAACAAUGAUUUCGAUAUUGACUAUGAGAAGUGUGAACAGAAAAGUCCGGAACGAUCACUGGUUCAGUUUCCAAGUAGACGGACAGUCAGGCCGAUAUGUAGAAGUACUUACGAUUACCAACUCUGCCCUCAAUGUCCACGCUUCAACAAUCGCACCGAGUGUGAAUUAUUCCGUGACUCCUGUGUGGAGCGCAAAGUGCAUCCCUCAGAAUACCGCAAUUACUGUGACAAGAAAUACGGCAAGUGGAGGGCGAUGCUUAUACCCGCUGAUUAUAGUCAGUGUCACUGCUGUGACGACUGUGUUUUUUACAGAGAAUUAGACCAGUCGUGUGUUGAAGACGAGUAUAAUUUCGACUCUGAAGAAUUUUUACCAGUCACGACUAUUGAUUUCAGAGCGGGCUGCAAUCCAUAUUGGGGUCACCCAGAGCAAGAAAUGAGGGCACUUCGUUGUGACCAAAUCCUCCGGAGAUGUGUUCCUGUAACUGUCCCCCCAUUGCCGACAGAUACGCUAAGUGUCCGUCGCAAUUUCCGUUUCGAACCGCCAUCAGGUGGCAGCGACUGUCCCAUAUCAUGCCGAGGCUUCGAGUGCCGCGGCGGUCUCGUGAAGGAGGACGAGUGUCCGCUCGGUGCUUAUCUUCCAGAUAAGGAGCUGUGCAAUUGUUGUGGAAAAUGCAGUACUUAUCAUCAACUAAAUCAAAAGUGUGCAGAGUUUAAAAAAUUCGUUCAUAACGUGAAUGGCACAAAAGAGAUGGAGGUUGAAGAGGAAUUCUUGGAGCCGGGCUGUGAUGAUGGCCUCGUGUGCAGACAGGGAGUUUGUCAGGAUAUCCAUUCGGUCCAAACAUCAGCUGGUGUCAGACGAAAGCGUGAGGAAAGACUGCUAGAGGCCAACGAGCCAUGCAAACGGGAGUUGAAGUAUUUUAAGAAAAAAUACGGAAAAGACGGUCAUCUACAUUACAAUGCACCACAAUGCACCCCCCUGUGGCUCUACGCGCCCGUUCAAUGUCGAAGAUUCGUGUGUUAUUGCGCUCUUGAAGACGGCACGUUUAUUCAGGGCAUCAAAGUCCCACGCGUUGAAGUGUCAAAUAUGAACUGUGACUGUGUCCGUGAGAAAUGCCGCACUGGUUCUGCCGUUGAUUGCGAUGGUUAUGGAAACUAUAAGGAGGCAAUGUUCACAGCACACAUUGAGCGUGACGAAGGGAAAAAGAGCACGAAAAAGGAGACUAAUGUGAAAACAUCAACUCGAUCCCGACCAAUAAGAACUGGCUACGAGGCGGCACUACCGACGAUGCCAUUAACGUAA